GUCAGCCGUGACUCUGUCCCUGACAAGCUUUGUAUUUUCUAAAUCUAUCCCGAUACUACUUAUGGACAUCUCAAAUCUGUUGGAUUAUGGAGCCGUUGCGGCUGCGUAUGAAUCCAUUUUAAGACAGGAGAGCAGCUGGUGGGUGUAGAGAAUACAAGCAUGUUUCGACUGACGAUAGACCGUCGGCGUUGACGACAGGUUUCUACUGCGCUAUAGUGACAAUGUACGUUAAGGCUGUUGCGUUCAACUAGUCACCCUUCACAACUUCGAACCCCUACCAGUCCGAUCGUCUGUUGCUUCAUGCUCAAGGAUACCAAGACCUACCAGAACUAAAGCGCCAGUUGACGGAUCUCAAUCAAGUUUAUAUCGCUUUCUACCGUGAACAGGUCAAUAUUAACCCAGGAUUCGUCUUGAUCAAUUACAUUCCUACUACCGUCUCAGGCGUACGGCGAGCUCGCGCCCUGGUCCAUUCUCGUCGACUGGGCAGUGCUUUAAUCCAAACAGAACAUGCCACUCUAACUGUCGACCACCUUUCGAAUAUUACUCCUUCCUCCAUUCGCGACGCUGUCCUAAACCCAGAUAGCAUCCAUACCAUUCAGAUCAAUCGUUCUUUUUCAUCCAUAAACGCUGAUCCUGUUCAGGACCCCCCAUCCAACAUGGCGACAGGCCCAGUUAGACGAUCCUUCACAGAAAUUUAUGCACCCUCUUUCACGUCUUCACCCCCUCCUGUCGCAAAGAGCAGUAGUAUGUUUUCCAGUCUCCUCCGACGAAAACCUAAGGACAAAGACCUUCCAUCAACGGAUGGCACAGCCGGCCCACCGCCUCCACCUCCGAAAGACAAAGAAAGUUAUACUUUUCAGCCACGCUCGAGAAUCGGCUCUGCAACUGGUACACCACCAGUUGACGCUCAAUAUAUACCCCACAGAAUACCUCCACCAAUACCUCGCAGAACCAGUUUGUCCGACCUGAUGUCCGAAUUCGCAGUUGUAUCCCACGAUGACGCUAUGGCUCGCCCUCCCUCGAUACACAAUCCUCAUCAGAACGCACGUGUUUUCACCAUGCCAUUGGAGAGGAAAUGGAUUCCCGAAGCUACCUUCAUCCCCGACCCCAAUGAGAGAGCUCGCAGGCGGCAGCUCGCACAGGAACAGCAUGAAAGGGAGCAACGAGCAGCCAUCGAAGCUGAAGAGGAACGACAGAGAAGGUUGAAGCGAGAAAAGGAGCAGUUGCUGGAACAAGAGAGGCAGGAGGAGGAAAGGAGGAGAGCCUCUCUUGAUGAAGAACUACGACGAGCAAGGGCGGAACGUCGUUUGAAGGAGGAGCGAGAGAAGGAGGAGGACCUUAAGAAGGAGCAAGAAAUUGCUGCCAGGAAACAGGCCGAUAGAGAAAGGAGGCUUGAGGAGCAUCGCAAAUUAGAAAAGUGGCGACAAGAACAAGCCCAGCUUGCCGUUGAGUCAGAAAUUAGGCAACUUGAAGCACGAAAACAUGAAAAGAUUCGAAGGACAAGCAAUAUCCAGAGAAUGGUGGAUCAAGUAAAACGAGAGGUCAAGUUAGGUCUUCCGCUCGGUGGAUGGGUCACAUUGCAAUCCAACGAAAACGUUGCGUGGAGGAGGCGAUACUUCAAGCUCAUUGAUAAUACAAUGUUUUUCUACAGGAAUGACAAGGAACUGCACAAUGUAUUGGACGAACUCGACCUACAAGGAAAACUUUCCGGUGUUCGGGAAUGGGACGAAGGAUUCGACGAGCUGAAGGUGGUUCCGCAUUCAUUCGCUAUUCAGUUCAAGGGUAAUAGAGCUCCCUGGGCAAUGUUUCUGGAUUCUGCAGAGGAAAAGGAUAGGCUCCUCGGCAUAUUAUACUUUGCAGCAGGUCUGAAGGUGCAAUGAGUUAUGCUUUCCAUUUCCUCUUCUUUCGUUACAAGAUCUUCAAAUGCAAUAUACAUGUAGUAUACAUUACAUUGGACUCGUAGAAUUCCCUUCAAAGUC